UGUGGCUGUGCUCUGCAUCACUUGGACUCUACACAAAUAGCGACUUCAGUCGUCAGAGCUGCUCGCCAGACCCCAGCAGUCGCGUUUACCUGUGCAGCCUGACGCAGGGCUGAUGGAGAGCUGAUGGAGAGCUGAUGGAGAGCUGAUGGAGGGGCAGGGCUGAGUGCGGCGCAAGUGCUGCGCACUGAUCGGGGAGCUUCAUUCAGCGCAGAACACAACCUGCUGAUAGGGAGCAGUCUGCACGGCCCGCCCGAAUCCUCCAGCUUUUAAAAGUGUUGUUGAGUGGGGGUUUGUUUGUGUUUUUAUCCCAUUUCGACGCAACAAUUUGCGGGAAGCAGAAGCCGUCUCUGGUUUCGGAAUGGGGAUGUAACCGCGACCACAUGCGCCCGAGAGCCGUGUGAGGUUAGACCUCAAGACUGAGAAGAGAAGGAAACUGCAAGGGCGUGUAAAUAAUUAAAAUCGGUCCAGCGGUUUUCUUUUUGAAUGUGAAGCAGCAGCGGAGGUUUGUUUCUCCUCUCCUCCUCCUCCCCCUCUCACCUCCAGCAUGACUUCACUGUCGGGGUCUAAGGAGAGGAGCAGCCGGAGCAGAAAACAUGCGAUUCCGGACACAUCUCCAACAAAAUCUACCAACUUUUUCCCGGACACAUGGUACCGAAAGGCCUACGAGGAGACGAGCCGGUCCAGCACGCGCCCUGCUCCAGAGGGUGCGGGCUCCAUGCCCAGCUCCACCGGCACCCCGUCCCCAGGCUCUGGGAUCUCAUCACCGGGAUCCCUCUCUGGAUCUCCUGGAACCAUCUCGCCGGUAAUUGGCACCGGAUCGCCAGGCUCUCUUGGGGGCUCUCCAGGUUUUGGGACGGGGUCACCGGCCUCAGGCAGUGGAAGUUCGCCUGGGAGUGAAAGAAUGAUCUGGUGUGAGAACUGCAGUGCUCGGCUGACAGAACUGAAACGACAAGCACUGAAACUGCUCAUCCCUGGGCCGUACUCAAGCAAGGAUCCCUCAUUCUCUCUCCUCCUGCACGAUAAGCUUCAGGUGCCCAACAGUUCUCGACGGGCGUGGAACGAGCGUGACAGCCGCUGUGAUGUCUGUGCCACGCACCUCACUCAACUUAAACAGGAAGCUGUGCGCAUGGUCCUGACUCUUGACCAGUGGGAUUUGUCUCCAACUUCUUCCCCUCCAGUCGGACGAUAUGGAUCUCAUGGACCUCUGGCACCAGCAGGCUCAUACGGAGUGCCAGGAGCUCCUGUGUCAAGGGAAUGGCCUUCUCCGUUUCUUCCCUCCUCCUCCUCCUCCUCCUCCUCUGGUGCUGCUUCCUUCCCUUCUCACGCAUCCUCCCAGUCUCCUUCUCCAAGCCCCAGCCAGACCCCAACACCCAGCCCAAGUCAUGGAUCAUCCAACACCAGCCAUGGGAGUCCCACAGUAGGGCAAACAUCUAGCUGUGCUCCCAUAUACCCACAACCUCAAGGAGUAGGGCACAGACUGGGGUCAAAGCCCAGCUCCUUGGGUCUGGGAGGAGGUCUAGACAGACGGAAUGGGUCCCCCAGUUCAGCAAAAGCAGCUGGAACCCAACACCAGCCAGUGACCGUAGUGAAGAGCCCCAGUAAUAAUGGCGGCCACAACAGUAAUAAUGGGAGUGGAGCUGGACCGAGUUCAGCUGCACAUCAGGCACAUCAGCACCUAAACCGUACUAAUGGAGGGGUUACACUCUAUCCAUAUCAGAUCUCACAGAUGACCUCCGAGGCAUCGAGAGAGGGACUGACUGAAGCCGCCCUGAACCGCUACAACACACACUCUCCCGCACAUGCAAAUUCCCCGUCCCACACCAACCCUCCUGGUAACACCGCGGCUGUAACCACCACAGCACCCAGCGCCACCUCGGCCGCCGCCUCCUUCUUUGUCAGAGCUGCACAAAAAUUGAGCUUAACAUCCAAGAAGAAGAAGCAGAAAAUGGGCACAGCCACGGCUCCAGUCACAUCAUCUUCCCCCCCCUGUGACCCUCCGCUGUUCCCCACCAAUUUCAGCUCUGCAUUGCUGCGGGCCCCUCCCCCGGCCCCGCCAUGUCUCCUCCGAGCAGCCAACAAAAUCAAAGAUACCCCUGGGCUUGGAAAGGUGAAAGUGAUGGUGCGGGUGUGUCCAGUGUCCCAGUCGGAUGCAGCUGAGUCCAGCUCCUUCAUGAAAGUGGACGCCAGAAAGAAGCAAAUAACCAUCAUGGACCCGUCAGCAAACACGCCACCAAGCACUACCUCCCAGAAAAGGGCAGGAGCCAGUCAGGUCCCACCAAAGAUGUUCACGUUUGAUGCUGCAUUUCCUCCUGAUGCAUCACAGGUGGAGGUGUGCGCUGGAACGGUUGCCGAGGUCAUCCAGUCGGUGGUGAACGGAGCUGAUGGCUGCGUCUUCUGCUUCGGACACUCCAAGCUGGGAAAAUCAUACACAAUGAUUGGCCGUGAUGAUUCUCUUCAGACGCUGGGUAUCAUCCCCUGUGCCAUUUCUUGGUUGUUUAAGCUCAUCAAUGAGAGAAAGGAGAAAACAGGAGCUCGCUUCUCUGUCCGUGUCUCUGCUGUCGAGGUUUGGGGAAAGGAGGAAAACCUGACGGACUUGCUCUCUGAAGUGGCCACAGGCAGCUUACAGGACGGACAGUCACCGGGAGUCUACCUGUGCGAGGACCCCAUCUGUGGCAUGCAGCUCCAAAACCAGUCUGAGCUCCGUGCUCCCACACCAGAGAAGGCAGCCUGGUUCCUGGAUGCCGCCAUAGCAGCUCGCCACAACAGCCAGCGCCCCAACACCACCGAGGAGGAGCACAGGAACUCCCACAUGCUGUUUACCUUACACUUAUACCAGUACCGCAUGGAGAAGACGGGCAAAGGAGGGAUGUCGGGAGGUCGCAGUCGCCUCCACCUGCUGGACCUGGGCAGCUGUGACGUUAAAGCUCUUGGAGGAGGAGGUGGAGGGAAAAGCAAGGAGAACUCGUCACCUGGAUCAGCGCCUCUCUGUCUGUCUUUGUCAGCCCUUGGCAACGUCAUCCUGGCCUUGGUCAACGGGAGCAAACACAUCCCCUACAAGGACAGCAAGCUGACCAUGUUGCUAAGGGAGUCGCUAGGCAACAUGAACUGCCGGACCACCAUGAUUGCUCACAUCUCUGCCUCACCCAGAGAUUUCUCAGAAACCCUUUCCACCAUCCAGAUUGCUUCGCGCGUCCUCCGGAUGAAAAAGAAGAAAACUAAAGUCACAGUGCAAUACACAUCCAGCUCCUCUGGAGGGGAAAGCUCCUGCGAGGAGGGUCGCAUGCGUCGUCCGACCCACCUGCGACCCUUCCAUCACCGUGGCGACACUGACUCCGAUCUACCGUUGCUGAAACUGUCCAGCGACCCGGACGAAUAUUCCAGCAGCGAGCAGUCAUGUGACACAGUGAUCUACGUGGGCCCGAAUGGGGCCGCCGUGUCAGACAGGGAGCUCACGGACAAUGAGGGACCUCCAGAAUUUGUACCAAUUAUACCCGCUUUGCUUCGAGGAAAAACAUCAGAGCAGCAUCAAACCCUCAGUCAAAGUCAGGGAGCUGGGACACACAAGUCCCAGCAAGCUGAGCAGCCCAGCGGGCCCGCCCAGCCAUCGUCACAGCCUCCUCAGUCACUACUUGGGCAGCCUUUGGCCCCCGUUCCAGAGGAGGGAGCUGAAUGCUUGAAGUGUAACACCUUUGCUGAGCUGCAGGAGAGACUGGAUUGCAUCGAUGGCAGUGAGGAGGUGGCAAAGUUUCCAUUUGAAGAGGUUCCAGCUAGUAAACAAGGCGGGAAACAAGAGUCAUGUCCUUCCUCCGCUGCUGUAAGCUCCGCUCCAGCGCCUGGCUCUGCAGCCGUGUUGGAGACAGAGGCCAAAACAGCAGCGGCAGCUUCCAGCAGGAGAAGCAAUGACCAGCAACUACAAGACAUCAAAGAGGUGGUGGAGGAGGCAGAGCUGGCCCAGACCAUGAUCCACAGCCUGGCUCAGGCUACUGGAUACCCCAUCGUUACAAGUGCCAGGAGUGUAACAGGAAGCAGCAGCAUCACCUCUAGCCCCCUGCACAGGACCAAGAACUCCCACUUAAAUGACAGUCAUGAGAAUCUGAAUGGGAUUGGUAAUACUGAAGGAAAGGGACGCCAUCUGGGAUCACCACGCCUGGGGAUUGCCAGCUUGACCAAAACCUCAGAGUACAGGCCCCCAUCAUCCCCUUCACAGCGCUGCAAGGUGUACACUCAGAAGGGUGUAAUCCCAGCAACAUCUCCUCUGUCCUCACACACUCUGGCGCAGGACGGCCAGGUCACUGAAGCCAUCACCUCAGACAACAGUUUGGCUGCAGACAGUGGCCGCUCCUCCACAGAGUCUGUGCUGUCCAGGACUUCUCCUGCAGGCAUGAGCCCACAAGUCCGAGAGCCAACACCCUGUCUGUCUGCCAGCCUGGGCUCAGCUGAGACGCUCUGUGAUGAUGACGUCCCACCAAUACCUUUGGACACACACAGGGAUGCGUCGGGACAGGCAGCACCUGUGGAAGCAGUUGGGCCUCUCUUGCUUGGAGAGGAUGGGCUGGUGUAUACUGAGGAAGAUGUGGACGUAACAGCUCUGGCCAAUGCUCCGAGCUUGGCCUGUCGUCCUACAAGCAUCAUCAGCUUUAACAGCGACUGUGGCUCUGAAGCUGCCCUCGCUUUAGACCCUCAACACAUCAGUCAUGUCAGUGGUGCCGAGUUCGAUGGAGCUGUGGUGGAUUAUCACAUGCUGCCAGGUCCUGCAACAACGUCAGGUGUUAAAGAAGUGGUUGCCAUGGCAGAGGUGGCAAUGGCCAAGCUGCGAAUAGAAGGUGAAACCUUAGGCGCAGGGAUGCCUAACUGUGGUUCGCCCAUCUCCUCCUGGAUGAGUGAUCUGAGCAUGGGCAGUGAAGCUGAUCAGUCUCUCCACAGCUUCAGCCAGUCCCAGAGUCAGCAAGGUGAGGCUCUGGCUGAUCCUGAACCCGGCCUUGAAGUUGAGAGUCUGGUUUCUUCUAAAAGGACCAGGAGUCUAGAGGGAGAGCUGGAGCCAUCAGAGCGUAUGCCUGAUAAAGACACACCAACCAAAGAUAAACUGAGAAAACUCCCUGGUAGCCUCUCGUCUUUUAAGAGCACCAUCAAAGUUCACCCAUGUGCAGCUGUCAAACCCAUGGUUAUAAAAGAGCCCACCAUCAUUUCUUCAUCUACAAAGACUGCCUCAAGGAAAGACCCUGUCAAAUCUAACACAGUAGUUAUAGCCUCCAUUUCACGUGAGAUGAGCUUUGAAGACCCCUGGCUGAAACGGAGCAUAGAGGAGGGGAGGACCAGGGAGUUGGUGUGUGAAGUGAAACCAGAGAAGAGGGGGGUAGACCUGAAGAGCCACUCAGCAGAGAAGACUGGAGAUGGGAGUGGAGACCAGCAAAGCUUGUGCCGAGAUGUUGGGGAUUAUGGCAGCUGUGGUCCAGGCGGGGAGGUGCUGUCGUCUUCAGACUCAUUUAAGAGAGUGGUGGAUGGUUGUGAGAUGGUCACUGUUGUUGCCCAAGGCGAAUGCCUGACUAGUAUCUACAGCCCAGAUAUCCACCGCACAGCCAGUCUCCCCCGUGCGUGGCACCGUCUCAACCGCCACGACGGCUUAGACAAUGGAAUAGAGUACUGUAAUCUUGGCGUCACCACUUCAACCCCCUGCAGUCCUCGUGCCACACUUGACCGCCUGGGAUCAAGCAGAAAACAGGGCUUUUUCUCCCACAAGAAGGGGGGAAUUCCACCUCUGCCACCAGUACGCAAGUCCAGUCUGGACCAGCGCAACAGAGCAGUCAGCCCCCUCCCCCUACCCAGUCCAGGAGUGUCAUCACUGGGAAGCUCGGCAGAUGAGGCAGGGAUAUCUGGAUGGGGUCCUGCAGGAAUCACCAGACAGCGUGGCUCCAGCAUAGACAGCAGCAGACUUUUCAGUGCCAAGCUAGAGCAGCUUGCCAACAGAACAAACUCCCUGGGGCGGGUCCACGGCUCUCACAGCGGUUCCCACCACUAUGACUGCUUCUCCCUGGAAAGAGGCGAGAGCCUUCGGGGGGGAGGAAUGGUGAGGGGGGACACCACCAUGCCUCGCACCGGACGCAGCCUGACCCGUGCUGGGUCAGUAUCGUCUCCCACUGGAAACCCCGGCAGCCCCAGCUUCAGUGGCAGCACCAGUCCAAGUAGUGCUCCACAGUCGCCGGCCAAAACCAGUGGCCAGUCAAAGAUCUCAGCGGUCAGUAAGCUGCUGAUGACCAGCAGUCCCAAGACCAGGAGUGUGUCUGCUUCGAGCACCAAGACCCUGAGCUUCUCUACCAAGUCUUUAAGCCAAACUACCAACCGCAGCUCCAGCCUUCCCCCAAAUGGAAAGCCCCAGACUCCAGUGCAGAGCCCUGUGCAGCAGCAGGGACCUGCCCCUGGAUCCUGGUCCACCCAGUCUCUGAGUCGCAGUCGAGGGGGGAGCCUGACAGCCAAGCUGCCUCUGCGGGCUGUCAACAGCCGGAUCUCAGAGCUCCUCCAGGGAAGUGCAGGAUCCCGAUCAAGGAAUCACGUCCAGGGAAGCGGUGCGGAUCCAGCAGAAGAAAGAGGAGUUGGAGGGACAAGUGGAGACGGAGCAGGAGGAGAAAGCUUGGGAGAGGAGAAGGUUGCCAUGGUGCAGACAUUGCCUUCUCCCUACAGCAAGAUCACAGCGCCCAGAAAGCCUCAUCGCUGCAGCAGCGGCCACGCAAGUGACAACAGCAGCGUACUGAGUGGGGAGCUGCCUCCAGCCAUGGGGAAGACGGCCCUGUUUUACCACAGUGGAGGAAGCAGCGGCUACGAGAGCAUGCUGAGAGACAGCAGCGAGAACACCGGAAGCACCUCCUCCGCUCAGGACUCACUCAGCGAGCACAGCUCAGCCACCACCUCCUCCCGACGGAGCUCCAAGAGCAGCAAGAAGAGCAGGAGCAACACAGGCCUCCAGCGCAGACGUCUCAUCCCAGCUCUGACCUUGGACUCCUCGUCUUCAUCCCCUUCUCAGCGGUCCUCCAAGCAGACCAUCACUUCCUCAUCAUCCUCCUCAUCCAGCCCAGGUGCAUGCUGGGUUGAUGGCCCACUCGGGCCCCCGGCAACUUCCAACCUCCGGGGAGGGGCUGCAACUACAGAAACCUUCGAGAUCAAGGUGUACGAGAUAGAUGACGUGGAGCGACUACAGAAGAGGAGAGACAAAGUAGGGAAUAAGGAGGUGGUGUAUGUCAGACCCAGGGUUUGCCUGUUGGAGCACCGCCAGCAGCGGAUCAGUGAAGUCAGAGCCAAGUACCAGUGUCUGAAGAAGGAACUGGAGCAAACCAAACAGCAUCUGAUGCUGGAGCCACACAAAUGGACCACUGAGUUUGAGCUGCAGCAGCCCUAUGAGGUGGACUCGGUGGAGUAUUUGGAAGCUCUGGAAACGGUGACGGACAAACUGGAGACCAGAGUCAACUUCUGUAAAGCCCAUCUCAUGAUGAUUACCUGCUUCGAUGUCUCGUCAAGACAACGGUAGACAAAUGGAGGGAGAGACAACUGGAGGACAGAGAGGUAGACACAUAGCUGGACUCAGUCAGAUGUCAAUGUUUAGACACAUUUGGCCCAAAGAACUAAACAUUGAUAAAAUAUCGCUAACAAGAAAAAUCUUUCUGGAUUCUUGGGAACUUUGAAAGAGAGACAGAAAGAUGACUUUGCUCAUGUUUGAUGGCUGGAUAAACCCCCACCCAGACAAAGAAGCUUAUAGAGUUUUGGACCUGGAAACAACCUACGAGGUCGAGACUGGACGGGAUUUAGUUUAAAUAAAACCAUUACGGCUUCUCAAAGAAGCAGACAGACGCUUGAGAGUCUGAAAAGAAAAAUGAAUCCAGGUGACCAGUGAACAAAAGAAUUUGACGAUGGAAACACCUCGAGUCCAACAAGAAUGUACAAAGAGAAAACAAGAUAGGAGCUUAAGAAAAUUGUCAUUUUUUUUUUUUUUUAAAUAGAAGGAUAAAGAAAUUGUGCAUGAUAAUAGAAAACAAUUGUCCCAUCUUUUUGGAAGAGCACUUUUUAGACUUUUGGCUGUAAAUACAGAGUGCUGACUGCAGGAUGACGUGGUAUUGUUGUGCAGCGACCGACCAGGAGAAAGACAGGGGGAGAUGAUUUAGAUAAGUGCCUUGUGAACAUUUCUAACAAUACCGUGACCAAUUCUCUUUGUCUUUGACUUUGUGUACAUGCAGUAAGUUUGGUGCUAGCAUAGAAAGAAAAAAAAAGUCCAUAAAAAAUCUGUGUCCUUGAAAAAUCUGUUCAUUUUUAGUAAUUUCUUUCAUGUGUUCUACUGGGGUCAGUCUUUCACAACAUGCUAAAAAAAAAAGCUAAAUGAAACAAACAUAAAUGAAUAAUCUAUGGCUAAAGUUAUUGUAUUUGGUACAUGAUCAGAUUAGAAAGAUUCAGAGUUUAUAUAAAAAGGGAGAGAGAGAGGGAAAAACACGUAGAACAUGAAGACUAAAGCCAAUGAAAAUAAAGAGCAAAGAGCAAAACCUUAAUUAAGAAAACGAUUAAAAACAUUCCAAGGUCAGGAUUGGGUUUGAACACAGACACGCACAACAAAACAGAUCUGAAGUUAGUUUCCUGUGGCAUUGUUUUGGCCUGGACCUUUCAAACAAGCACAGCACAUCUGACUUUUGGCCCUGCCGGGUAUUCAUGUAGCGCGUUUCCCCCCCGACACAGAUGUGAGAGCCUUUUCAUGUUCACAGUGAACUGUCUGAGUCACACAGAAGUGGAGGAGAUCUGGUGUUGGGCGCAUCUAUCCACUGACCAGCUGCCUCCUGAAUGAAAGGCAGACCGUCUUCUCCGUCUGUGCUGUUCUACUCUGUUUAAAAAAGAAAAAAAGAAAAAAAAACUGUAAUUAUUUGUCAAUUGUUAGUGUUUUAUAAUGUCUCCUUUUUUUAUUUGAGUGCAAUGGAACCAUGUAGAGACAGUCUUAUCGUAGGUUGAUGGAAAAAGCAAAGGGAAAUAUUUUUAAAAUAAUUUGUGAGAAGGGAACAGAUUCAGCAUAAGCACAGAUUUAUAGUAAAAUGUUUUUUUUAAAGGAAUAAUUAUUUAAGGGGGAUGUAGAAAACAAAAAAGAAAAAUUAAAUGUAAUGAUCAAAUUCCUACACGAAGAUCUCUGCCUGGUUCCAUUUGUUUUGGAUGGAUUGCAACCUUUAAGAUUUGCUAAUAUUACUAUCUAUGGUGCUUGAGAUGUUUAUCAUAUAAAUGUUUGUACAAAUAUGAAUAUAAGAAAGAGUCUGUUUCCCUCUGAAAUCAGGAUGAGUAUCCUCCAAACACUUAUUCUACAUCACUGCCAUCACCACGCUCUCCUCUGCCGGUCUUUGCCCUGCAAGCAGAGAGCAGUGUUCGGGAGAUGAAAGACUGUAAUGCUGACUUUCUCUCCAUUAACAGCACAAACACUGCUUUGUUUUACUGGACUGACAGAAAAGGAAAAAAUCAGUCACUGCCUCUGGUUUUGAUCCAUGAAUGGCAGUGUGAAAGGGUCACAGCUAUGCAUUUCAUGAGGUGCACACCUGCAGGAAAGCCACGAGCUAAUCUAUGAAAUCUGGUGGGAAAAUACCCCCAAACCAAGAUGCUUUUGACAAAUGGGACCCCUGAAGUGUUUUUACCAGAGGCAGACAAAACAGACCAGCGCCAUCUCGUUCUAAUCUCCAAAAUUCACCGUACCAGUGACGAAUGAAACGUAAUUUAUUUUCUGCUCAAGACAGCACAGUCACGAAUUAAUGUCCUUAUUUAUCUACACCUUAUGAUCUUAAAAAGUUACUAUGCAUUGAAGAAAAAUAACUGUACAUACUUUUCUGAGCCAUGUCAUAUAUAAAAAAUACAUAUACUGUAUACUGUGUGCACAUAUCAUAUAUGCGCUCAUUUUUAUUUGAGAUAUUUUAUUGUGAUGAUUUCUUUUGCUCCCGUUGUCCUUGUGUGAAUUUUAAUGAGUUUGGGUUUCCUGAAACAUUCAGCUUGUGGUUGAUGACAGUGAGGUCCAUGUUUGUGGACAGUAGUUUUUAAAGCUGCACAACAGCACAAUGGAUAUGGAAAUGAAGUAGUCAAUGUGUCACUGUUGACUUCCAGGUUCAAUUAAAACUGAAAAUAUUACUUUGAUGCUUUUAACUGCUAAUUUAAAAAACAAAAAACAA